GGAUCUCUCUCUCCCCCCCCCCUCCCUCCCUCCCUCCCUCUCUCUCUCUACCUUUCUCUCUAUAGCAUAAAUAAAAAUACAAUCUCUCUCUCACUAAAAAUAAAAACUCAAUUCUUUUCUUUUUUGUUUUAGUUGUUGAGAGAGAGAGUGGCCCAGUAGAUCGAAAUCUUCUAUCUUUUUUCAGUUUGGAGAAGAUCUAAGCUUCUUUAAUGGAGUUGCAAUAAUACCCACUUUCUUAUUUGUCGUGUUGUUGUGACUUUUUUUUUCUUUUUUAUUUUUAAGCUUAUUCUUUUGGGUAUGUGUUUUGAUAGUGUCAGUCUCGUGGACUCUUUGAAUUUUGUCUAUGAUGUCGAGGUAACCGUUGAAUGAUUGAAUCCAUGGGGGGUUUUUGAGCAGAUGAAAAAAUAGGAUGUGGGUCUGAGGAAUGGGAACAAAAGUGCAGUGUGAAAGUUACUUCCCAGGAUAUUUCUCAAUGAGGGAUCUUAAUGAGGAUUCUAACAGUUGUAGCUGGCCUCUCUUUUAUGGAGAUAAAACCUUUACAAAUGGGCAGUAUUACAAUGAUUACUUGCCACGGGUCGUUGCAGAUGCCUAUCCAGCGAAUGAUAAGGAUGUAGUAAAGCGGACAAUGCUUAAGCAUGAGGCCAUAUUUAGGAAACAGCUCGAAGAUCUUCACCGUCUAUACAGAAUACAAAGGGACCUAAUGGAUGAAAUUAAAAGGAAAGAACUACUUAAAAAUCGGAUACCUGUUGAGACAUCAUUUUCAUCAAGCCCCUUAGCUUCUCAGGUUACGUCUGAAGAUGUUCAGAAAUGGCAUAUCCCUAGUUCCCCAUUGGGAAAUUCAAUAUGUGCUAGACCAUCUAUGUUGGGUGUUGAAGACAUUCAUUCUCCUUUGAGCUCUAUGAAAGGAAGCAGUGCACAAGCGAGUCCCUUGCCAUCCCAAAAUGGUGGUGCUUCAAAAGAUGUGGAGAUUCUGGAGUCCAGGCCAUCAAAGGUGAGGAGAAGAAUGUUUGAUCUUCAGCUUCCAGCUGAUGAGUACAUAGACACAGAAGAAGAGGAAAAAUUAAGGGAUGAAAAUGUAUCUGGAAUUUCGAGUUAUCUGCCCAGCAGGAAUCAUAAAAUUGCACCUCAGAAUGAAAUAAUUCUUUUUCUUGGCAAUGGUGGGAAGAAUAAUUCACAAGUAGAUGCAUCAAGAUCUGAAUCAUGUUUAAGGAGCCCAUUUAAUGUGGGUGACCUGAACAAGCCUGUUGACGUUGAAGAGGCAAAUGCUUCUGCACAUGUUGAUCCUCUAGGCUGCGCCUCCUCCCAAGCAGGGAGCCAAGGGCAUGAACUGGCUUCCAAGCCAAAACAAGAGCUUCUAGGUUUCCCCAAGGAAAUUUCAGCAAAUUUCCAUUACAGGGGUGACAAUGAGACUCUCAAUAUCCCUCAUAUGCAAAAUAAUGCCAAUGGAAAAUGCUGGUUUCCUAGUGCACUCGACUCAGGACAUAGCAAAAACAACUUGAAGUCUGUUUCUCCAGAUCUUCAACCAGAAAAACCUACCUCUUCACAGCCAAUACAAGUUCUGUUCAGUAAAACUCGUGAACCUCCAACCUUCUUUCUAGCUGAUCAAGGCAAGAUUGAUCAGUUGAGACAGAGAACAGCUUGCGGUUUAGAACUCUCUGAAAGAAAUCAAGAGAUUGUCAAUAGUAACUAUCCAGAGUCAGUUAUUGCUUCUCAUAGACCGAGUCCAUAUCCAAUUGGUCCUCCCUCUGAUGUGGGCAAGCCUUGGUGUCAGUCUGUUUCCUCUUGGGAAAUGCCUGCUGUUAGCUUAAGCCAGAAAUCAAUGUCAGUUCAAAAUCAAAUGCUCCCAUAUUUGAAUUCAUCAGCAACUUUGAGUAGGAGCUCGCAGUCAUCAACUCAGAGCCAUGGGUAUUUUGGAGACCAACGGAAUUAUAACAGCAAUUCUACAUCUAACCCAAGCUUUGCAAGUGAAAUGCCCAACCGAAAUGGAUUCUACCAUGGGUCCUCAUCAGGGUCCAAGGAACCAUCAGUUCGUCUUGCUUCGGGAAACUAUGACUAUUGGAACUGUGCAAGUACUAAUAAUGGAACAUCUGAGCACUUCAUCAAUCACAGUUCAGCAAAGUUCAAUAAGAGUCCAAAUUGUAUGGACUUGAAGUCUGCUAGAGAUGUGAACUUGAAUGCAUUGGACAGCUCAUCUAACAAGGUGGGCAUUGAGGUCAUAGUUUUAGAUAGAAAGCAUGAGGAUCAUCUUGCAGCAUUGCCUUGGCUUAAAGCUAAGCCUACUUGUAAGUAUGAGGGCACUGUGGGGAUGGAUUUGAAUGCAGGGGAAUCAACUUUCUUACAAUCUUCACUGAAUCAGUUAUCAGAUAAAAGUGAAAUCGGAAAGGGUCCUAAUCAAAUAGCAGCUUCGAACAUGAAAUCGACUAAAUGUUCUAAUGUCGUUGAGACCAGUUGUAUCCAGGGUAGUGACUCAAGUUGCAGAAAAAUUCUUGGCUUUCCAAUUUUUGAAAAGCCUCGUAUACCUAAGAAUGAGUUUUCUUCCUUCCCCUCUCCUUCCUUGGCCCUUCCUCAGUUAUCGGAAGAAGUGGAAGAUAGCAAGAAAAAUAUGGUGCUUGAUAUAAACUUACCUUGUGAUCCAGCUGUACCUGACUUGGCUCAACAGACUGCAGAAGAAGUUGUCGUUGUUGCAAAAGAAGCGGAUACAAAAGUUGCCAAUUUCAGAUUUCAUAUUGAUUUGAACUCUUGCAUCAGUGAUGAUGAAACUUCUAUGCUGUCUUCUGUUCCAGGCUCCAGUGCAAAGGUGGUUGCAGGAAUAGAUUUGGAAGCCCCUGCAGUUCCCGAGAGUGAUGAGAAUACCUUUUCCAGAGAAGAAAAGGCACAUGAACUGCCUUUACAGUCAACAGAGCACAAAGCUGAAAGCCUGACGGAUGAACUUAUCAGAAUAGCAGCCAAUGCGAUAGUGGCCAUUUCAUCAUCAGGUUACCAGAAUCAUUUGGAUGAUGCCACUUGCAACCCACCUGAAGUUUCUAUGACAGAUCCUCUUCAUUGGUUUGUGGAGAUAGUUUCAUCUUGUGGAGAGGAUCUAGAGAGCAAAUUUGAUGCAGUUUUGAGAGCCAAAGAUGGUGAAGAUAAUAUGGAGACAUCGUGGGAAUUUAUUGAUUACUUUGAGUCGAUGACUUUGAGAUUGAUAGAGACCAAGGAAGAAGAUUACAUGCCCAAGCCUUUGGUUCCAGAAAACCUGAAACUGGAAGAUACAGGAACCACUACUGUACCAACACGAAGCCGAAGGGGGCAGGGAAGAAGAGGAAGGCAGCGGAGGGACUUCCAGAGGGACAUUCUUCCUGGCCUUGGUUCACUAUCAAGACACGAGGUAACAGAAGAUCUUCAAACAUUUGGAGGGAUGAUGAGAGCAACUGGUCAUCCAUGGCAUUCAGGAUUAACAAGAAGGAACUCCACUAGAAAUGGUUGUGCAAGGGGGAGACGACGCACACAGGUUAGCCCCUUGCCUCUGGUGGCAGCAAGCCCACCUUGCACUCCACUAGUUCAGCAGCUUCAUAAUAUUGAAGUGGGACUGGAGGAUAGAAACCUAACAGGGUGGGGGAAGACAACCAGACGCCCCCGCCGGCAGAGAUGCCCUGCAGGUAAUCCUCCAUCUCACCCUUUAACCUAAUUAUGGGAAGAGACUUCCAUUUGUCAUUUCAGAGUUUAUAGAGGGAAGCAGGAAGUUUGUUUCUAUGGCGCCCGGGAUUGAGUUGUGAUCCACUGGGGGUUCCUUGUACAUUUAGCCCAUAAUCUGGGUCCCCUUGAUUCUGCCUUUGGGUGGUAACCAACUUUGUAUUAUUCAUAAAUAAUGUUGCAUGAUUUCUUCCAGGAUAUAUACCAAGCAUUGCUUCAGUUGUGUA